AUGCAACACGGGAACCUGCGCGAGUAUAUCCGCAGAAACCCAACACAACUGAACGACCAAGUUCGAGGAAGCUGGGUUCGAAAUAGCGUCAGCGCAGUGGCAUUUAUUCACGAGCACUCCGUAAUCCAUGGCGAAAUGAGCGCCCGCAACUUUCUCGUCGCAGACGAUCUCUCGCUCAAACUGUGCGACUUUGUGGGUUCGGAAAUUGGCAGCGACAAGCCUCCGCUGAUCACCGAGGAAGACCGGUACCGGAAAUCACCCAAUUUACCGCGGUCAGUCCAGACAGACCUGUUUGCGCUGGGCUGUCUUAUGUACGAGAUUAUGGUGGGGAAGCGGCCGUAUAAAGAGGAUGAUCAUGAGGAUUGGGAGAAUAUUGCGGAAAAAUAUGAGCGUGGGGUGUUUUCUUGUCUUCGGGGGUUUAAACUGCUCGGCCGUACCAUGUGGGACGUGAUUACCGAGGCCCAGAUAAUGAGGUUCUGGCCGCAGUUUGUUCAGAACCACGAGGACGGCUCUACCUUCCCGGUGGAUCCCAUCCAGCUCUUUCUGGGGAAUUGUGAUGUGAGUCAAGUUACAGCUGCCCUGUCGCAUCUUUUACGCAGUCCGCUGAGUGCAUCUCAUAACCCCAAUACCGGAGACGCGUGGUGGCGACUGCCGGUGACCUACCUUACCACGCCCACGGAUCAUUCAAUGCCUCGGGUCCACCAGGAAUAUUAUGCUGAAGCAUGUCAAGGAGGAGGAUGGGUCAAAGAUUAA